CUCCCCGCGCGUGACACAACCACCGGUCGACUUCACCAGACCAGAGGCCACCGCCAUCCCUCGUUAAUGGCCUCCUCAUCAGCAGCGGCUGCCACCUGCAGAUUCCUGACCCCGCUAGCCACAACCUCGCGCACUCUGCUAUCAUAUAUCCCACCCACAGCCGCGGCAACGAGCAGGAGGCUGCUCCUCUCCUCCACCACCGCCAUUUGCGCCGCCGCUAUGGCCGCCUCCGGCAAGGCCGCCUCCGCUUCUUGCAAGGUCGUGGACUCCCAUCUCCACGUCUGGGCAUCGCCGCUGCAGGCUGCCGAGAAUUAUCCCUUUUUCCCGGGCCAGGAGACGACGCUCCGGGGUGAUGUGGACUUCUUGCUCCAGUGUAUGGAUGAAGCUGGAGUUGACGGCGCGCUCAUUGUUCAGCCUAUUAAUCACAUGUUUGACCACUCUUUAGUUACUAGUGUGUUGCAGAAGUAUCCAUCUAAAUUUAUUGGUUGCUGCCUCGCAAAUCCUGCAGAUGAUGGGAGCGGCAUUAAACAGCUUGAACAUCUGAUUGUGCAAGAAAAAUACCGUGCUGUCCGUUUCAACCCGAACUUAUGGCCUUCAGGUCAAAAGAUGACUAAUGAGGUCGGGAGAUCAUUGUUUGCUAAGGCUGGAGAACUUGGAGCACCAGUUGGAAUAAUGGUGAUGAAGGGGAUCAGUUCAUAUAUUCAGGAAAUAGAGGAGCUGUGUACGGAUUAUCCUGCAACCACUGUUAUAUUUGAUCAUAUGGCUUUCUGCAAGCCACCAACGAAUGAUGAAGAAGAAAAGGCAUUCUCUUCAUUUCUGAGCUUAGCCAGAUUCCCACAGGUUUACGUCAAAUACAGUGCUCUUUUCCGGAUCACCAGAGAAGCGUAUCCGUAUGAGGACACGUCUCAGCUUCUUUCUCGGGUGAUCUCCAGCUAUGGAGCUAACCGAAUAAUGUGGGGAAGUGACUUCCCCUACGUCGUUCCUGAAUGUGGCUACAAAGGAGCAAAGGAGGCAAUCUCUCAUGUCGCUGGCAAGGUAGCUGUUUCGUCUUCAGAUCUGGAGUGGAUUUUAGGCAAAACAGUAAGCCAACUAUUUCAAGGUGCAUGGGUUACUCCAUGAGUGAGAUGUAGCAUGGCAGGUAUGACAGUGUUGCAGCUCAGUCUGGUAUUGUUCAGUUUAGAAAUCCUUGUUUGAAAGGGGGAAGGAUCUAUCUAGUUUGUUAUUGUUCAGUUUGACAGUCAUGUUCAAGUGUGUGCCCCUUCUCCAGAGGUUUAAUAAAUCCAAUAGCUCUUCCUACUGCCAA